UGAGUGAGUCCAGGGAGGGAUGAGCAGUGAUGCUGCCUCUGUUCCUCUCCGCUCCUCGGCAGCAGCGCAGCUCCGCUCAGACUCACCGAGGCAGCGGCAGCACGUCCGCCCGCAGAGAGAGCGCUUCCCUCCGCAUAGCGUUGCUGAGCCCCCCGAGCCGCCACACGCUUUAAUGGAUGUCUCCUCCUCCGGGUUUUGACACUGGACGGUGCUCUGGUAGCAGCCGCAAAAAAAAACCCUCACAUAGCCGGCUUGUAUUUUGUUUUUUUUUUUUUUUUUAAUUAUUUUUUUUAGGGUUUGUCUCGACGACACACGGAGAAGCAGCCUCACUCCCCCCAUCGUUAGCCCGCUAAGCUAGCUAGCCAAACCCGCUAACUUAGCCGCGAUACUUUGUGCCGUGUCGGUUCCCCAGCCCGCGGCGGUUCGAGGCGACCCGUCACUCCAGGAGCAUGUUUGAGUGACGAGCAAAACAAGAAGUGGGAUCUCUGAAGGUCCGCCUCCUCUGCUGGUGGAGCGCCCUGCACAUCUGACCAGAGACCCCUUAAAUCACUCUAAAAGGAUGCGGAGGUUCGCCUACUGUAAGGUGGUUCUGGCCACCUCUCUGGUCUGGGUGAUGCUGGACAUGUUCAUCCUGCUCUACUUCAGCGAGUGCAAUAAGUGCGACGACAAGAAGGAGAGAGGACUACCCGGCAGAGACGAUGCCCUGUCCAGACCGCGAGAUGGACCUGGUGAAGGUGGGAAGCCCGUGGUGAUCCCUAAAGAGAACCAGGAGAAGAUGAAGGAGAUGUUUAAGAUCAACCAGUUCAACCUCAUGGCCUCGGAGAUGAUCGCUCUGAAUCGCUCACUGCCUGACGUCCGCUUGGAAGGGUGCAAGAACAAGUUGUACCCCGAUAAUCUCCCUCGCACCAGCGUGGUGAUUGUAUUUCAUAAUGAGGCCUGGAGCACUCUGCUGCGAACCGUCCACUCCGUCAUCGACCGAUCUCCGCACACACUGCUGGAGGAGAUUGUCCUGGUGGACGACGCCAGCGAGAGAGAUUUCCUAAAGCGGCCGCUGGAGCAGUACGUCAGACGGCUGGAGGUCCCGGUCAGGGUGGUGAGGAUGGAGCAGCGGUCCGGACUCAUUCGCGCUCGCCUCAAGGGAGCGUCCAUCUCCACCGGCCAGGUCAUAACCUUUCUGGACGCUCAUUGUGAAUGCACAACAGGUUGGCUGGAGCCGCUGCUCGCCCGCAUCAAACAAGACAAGAAAACAGUGGUGUGCCCCAUUAUCGACGUUAUCAGCGACGAUACAUUUGAGUACAUGGCGGGAUCUGACAUGACGUACGGAGGCUUCAACUGGAAACUCAAUUUCCGCUGGUAUCCUGUACCUCAGAGAGAGAUGGACCGACGUAAAGGAGAUCGCACGCUACCAGUGAGGACUCCCACCAUGGCAGGCGGCUUGUUCUCCAUAGACAGGGAUUAUUUUCAGAAGAUUGGAACGUAUGACGCAGGCAUGGACAUCUGGGGUGGGGAGAACCUGGAAAUCUCUUUCAGAAUCUGGCAGUGCGGCGGGACUCUAGAGAUCGUCACUUGCUCUCACGUUGGCCAUGUGUUCAGAAAGGCGACGCCCUACACGUUUCCUGGCGGAACGGGACAGAUCAUCAACAAAAACAACCGGCGGCUGGCAGAAGUCUGGAUGGAUGAAUUUAAAAAUUUCUUCUAUAUCAUCUCUCCUGGUGUGACCAAGGUGGACUACGGUGACAUCACGUCUCGUACUGGUCUGAGACAAAAGCUUCAAUGUAAACCCUUCAGCUGGUACUUGGAGAACGUCUACCCCGACUCACAGAUCCCCAGGCACUACUACUCCCUGGGAGAGAUCCGCAACGUGGAGACUAACCAGUGCCUGGACAACAUGGCCCGUAAGGAGAACGAGAAGGUCGGCAUCUUCAACUGCCACGGCAUGGGAGGCAACCAGGUUUUCUCCUACACGGCCAACAAGGAGAUCAGGACGGACGACUUGUGUCUAGACGUGUCCAAACUUAACGGACCCGUCAUGAUGCUCAAGUGCCAUCACCUUAAAGGCAACCAGCUCUGGGAGUACGAUCCUGUGAAGCUGACUCUGGUCCACGUCAACAGCAACCAGUGUCUGGACAAGGCCAGCGAGGAGGACAGCCAGGUGCCCAGCGUCAGAGACUGUUCGCACUCGAGAUCCCAACAGUGGCUGUUGCGCAACGUCACACUACCGGAGGUCUUCUGACCACACUCUGCACACUCACAAACGCACACACUCACACACACAGCGGCCCACAGCGAGCAGUCGGGGGGACGUUUUGUUACAACCGGGCAGCGACGGGAUAAAACGAAAGACUUCCCACCAGGGGAUUGGGGAAACGAGGCGGACGGACUGGACGGUACUACCUCUGUCAGAAAUCAGAGGGAGGAGCGAGUUCGUGCCUCCUCGGACAAGAGGAAAGACUCCCUCUGCGAGACCACGGCUCUUGUUUCACUUUUGUUUGUCUUUUUAAAAGGAGAUUUUAACCCGCGGACAGUGACUCGAACACGAGACCGGCUUUCCCUCAACUCAUCACUUUAACGUUUACUGACUUGCCUCUUCUGAAAGAGUGUGUGCACUUAUUUGUGUGUGUGUGUGUGUGUGUGUGUACUCCUGAGAUGAAUGUAUGCGUUGAGAAAAAGGGGGCUCUAUUCCUUUUGUUGAUUUCUUCUUCUUUUUUAAUUUAAUUUUUGUAAAGGGUUUUGAAAAUGAAGGAUGCAUGUGUGAGCGUAUGAGCGUCAGAGUCCCUCCUACAGUCUUGCAGCAGUGUUUGUCUCCCUCUGGUGUUGCUCCUUAGCAUUUCAUCUGACAGACUGAAGCCUCCACGCUGAGGAAAUAUCCAAGAGACAGCACAUUUAAAACUAAAAAAACAAAAAAAAAACGGACCUGACGUCUGCCAUCAGCAGAGAUCUAGAGAUAGAGAAAUAUGAUGUUUGUGAUAUCUUGAGAUUUCUAUGUCCAGUUUUUACAUGGCUUGUCUGUUUCUACUGUUUCAGUAACCCUAGUUUGUCUGUCUGUUGUCUUUAAAAAGAUGUUUAACAUGAAGCUAACUCACACACACAUGCAUAUAUAAACUGAUGUUCACUGCCUGAUGUAGUGUUCAACCGUAGGGAGCUCUCCCAUUAGGCACUAUACAUGCUCUAUACAUAUAGGAAAAAAAGGCCGCCCUCUGGCCUGCUACUUAAAUCCAUUUUGUCAUAUCUUCUUCUCAAUGACCUCUUUAAAAAAAAUACACUCCAAGGGCUUCUUUCCUCCGGUGGAGUGUGUGGAUGUAUGAGUGGGUGUGAACGCGUCAAUCUGUAGUCCAUCAGCUCCAUACAACAAACACAUUCCUGGAUCGUUGCAUAGAAAAUCAAACCAAACCCCGCUCAAAAUCCUCUGAUGUUUUAUGUGCAACAACUUAAGCAGAUUUAUUAAAACUUUGCAAAGUUUUACCUUCAUACUGUGAAUAUCUUCCAAGUUACAGCCCCUCCAAGUACAUCGGGGUCAUUGGAAAUUUCAGGCAAUUUAACUUUUUCCAUUUAUCUUCAUACAUAUAACUCAGAAACUUACGUUACCACGGAAGUAAUCAUGACUAAAAGAUGAUUGUGUAUCAAAAUGUAGUUAAAAAUGAGACCUUUCAUUUGCUCUAACUUGUUUUGACUUAUGCCACAUGGUGAUACGUGCUUGGAAGGUUUAUCCAGAAUGCACUUUUCCACGUUUUUUUCUAGUGAAUCAACAGAAAAAACAUCCAGAAUACCAAUACUUGUUUCUACAACUCCAUGUCAUAGAUGUAAAACUGAUGCAGCUUUGCUAUUGAAAUUGUUUGGAAUUUUAAUAAUUAUGAUUAACUGUUAAUUAUUUUUUAAAAUAAUUUAACAGAUUAAAAAUAUAUAAACUGAGGAGAAAGAAAAUGAGGGAUGAGGAAAGUGUUUAAUACUGUAGCAAUUUAUGUUUUGGGAAGCAGAGUGCAUUAUGGGCUUUUAGCUAGCAAGAGGCACCACGACAGAGACUUCUGGGGUGAUUAAUGACUUCCAGCCAGAACUCCACUUUUUUAAAUAAGCCAGGUAAAGUGCUUCUAUAAUUGAGUGGCUAAUGUAACGAAUCUGCUUUUUUUUCAUCAGUAUUAAUCGAUUAUUGUCGAUAACGCAAAUAUAUAUUUUUUUCAUUUUCAUCCCUAGAAGCUAUGUUUAACGUUUGUUAUGGAAAAAAAUCGUGCUGAACAAAAAAUGAUUUUGUCUUUAGAUUAUAACACCUGAAGUGGGGGUGGACUUGAUUUAGUUGCGGUUUUUAGCAGAGCUGAAAUGUGCUUUAUUUGUGUAUUUAUGAAGUUAUGAGGGCUCGAAAAAGUAACGCAAACUAAAAAAACGCAGCAUUUUGAUGCACCUCUUUGUACUUUGAAGGCCUGUAACUGUAAAAAAAAUAUUCAUACGAUAAAGGUCAAAUUUUGCAUGGCUUUGUUAAAUAUGCCAAAAUUGUUGUACAUAAAAAAUCAGCUGAAUCUGAGGCGUUCAGAUUUGAUUUUAUAUGGAAUGACCCUCUUUGCCUGACAGCCUGUAGCGUAGAGCGGCUGCAGAUCCCUGCUUUCUCCUUUAGCAGCUGUUAUUUUCUACACAGAGCCGAGGCUCCGCACUCUCCUGUGGACAUAUCUACAGUAGGGAAGGAUGUCAUAGUAGCAUCGCUGAGGUGUUUUUGUUUAGGACAACUAAUCAGGGACUGAAUAUUAACCGUAGAGAGCCAAAGGGAGCAAAAGGGUCGAACUGUGGAUUUAUCGAGAGCGCAGCAGCAGCAGAUGACAUAUCUUAAUCCAUAACUACAUAUCUCACUUGUACAAGCUCACCGGCAGUAUUUCACUUUUCAUAUCUUGGCGAGAGAUCGACAGACGGCUGUGUCAUCCUCAUUUCAACCGUCAUGCUUUCCUUCUUUUUGUAUCACUUCUGCCACUGCGAGUCAGGGCACGAGGCUUCAGAAACAUUUUGUCUUCCUCCAGUGGAGGGAGGGUUUACACAUAGGACAUGUCAUUGGUUCAUCUUCGUGGUGGACGUGGUAGUGAGAGGACUUUUCAUAUCUGAGCGAGUGACUGGUGAAGGUGUGAGCGGUUUUUUUGUUUUUUUUUUUUUUGAUUGUGAGACAAAGGGAGUAUCGCUUGUUCUGGGUUUAUUUUGUUUGGUUUGUUUUUUGGGGGGAGGUGGGUGGCAGGGGGCUUGAAAGUAACUGACAUGUCCAGGCUUCCACACUGAGCUGAUCCAAAUGUAGAAAAUAAAGGUGAAAAAGUUUACAGAACUAUUCCAGGAGAGUGGUGAUUUCUGCACGAACUUGAUAUAUUUUCUUUUAUUAACUCUGUAGCAAGAUGCUCAUUGUGAUUUCAACUUGUUUAUUUUAUGAUAUGCUGACAUUUGAACAUUUGAAAUACCACUAAACAAAGAUGUUAACGCAGCAAGCAAAUGUUUUUCUUAUCUAAAUUGGAGAAAAAGUUCAGUUUUAAACAGACAAACCCAAAAAACUAAAGUUCGAAAUUUCUUUUGGUUAGAAAGGGUUUUUUUUGUUUGUUUGUUUUUUUUUACCUUUUAGACAAAAGCUUUUGAGUUGGUGACAAGUUCUUGAGGUCUGAGUGAUUCAACAUUCUGGUCAGGUGUGGCUGAAAAGGACAAAGAUCAGACAGUGUGACCAGCACACAGACACUCCAUCGACCAGCGACUAUAAAAAUCCACCUUAAAAUGCUGCUUUUUUUCAGCUGACAUGAUGCCAGAGAUGACAAGAAAAAGACAAAAACGAGCUGUUAAAUGCUGGAUGCUGCAUUUCAGUUAAAAGAUUAAGCCCAGGUUCAUCACAUCUGGCUCAUCCCUCUGCAAAAUUUGUUUGUCUGCAGUGAUGUUGAUGAAGUUGUUGGUUUGAGCAACCAUAGAAUAUCUGUUCAAGGUGAGGAAUCAUCUGACAGAAGUUGAUUUGCCAUGUCCUUACUUACACCUCAAUCUGAGAGCAGAAUGUCAUCCUGAUCAGUUCCAGUGGUCGACUAAUCACAUUGGGUGGAUGCCAGUAAGACAGAGGAUAGCCCCUUUCUCUUUUUGAAUCUUAUUUUCAGCUGUCCAGAGGUGGACGUAUGCCACAGACAAAGAAGACGUCUACAUUUUACCAAUGACGAUCUCAAUGCCCAACGAUUUCGAGAUAAGAUCCUCACUUGUUAUCCUGUUCAUUCGCCACCAUCAUUUGAUGUUUCACAAGACAAGAUGAAUUUGUAUUGUCCUCAUCUAAAAGCUGGAAAAGUUUCUCCAGACAUGUCAAACAUCUAGAUGUCCGACAACAUGAUCUCAUUUCCCUAAAAUGUCCAGCAACUUCAGGAGAGACAGCAUUUCACAAGCAGCAUCGACAAUUUUAUCAACUGUCAAUGUUGUAAAAUACGUGGCAAUGCAAACUAUGGAGCCUCUCGUUACUGACUGGAGAUUUCUGGUCCAUAACCCCACUUUCCAUGUGUAUAUUAUUUCCAACAUUCUUCAUCGUUUAAUGACGGCCAUUCUGUUGUAGAGAUGCUCUGUGUUGGAAUAAUAAAUCCUUAUUCCCCAAUCUUUAAAAAGAAAUAAAAUAUUACAUGCUG